AUGAAUAUAAUAAAUUAUUUGUAUAGCAAAAGCAAGAAUAUAUAUAAUCGAAAUAUUAAUGCAUAUAAUUAUAAUAAUAUUGAAAAUGAAAAUUUGAUUAGCCAUUUCAGUGAUAAUAAUAAUAAUAAUUAUAGUAACAAUAGUCAUUCAUCAAAAUCAUCGGCACACACUUUAGUAGUAAGUGAUAGAAAUUUUGAUAGACAUGUCAAAAAAAAAAAUGAACAUGCAGAAGAUAGUCAGGAAGAAUAUAAUGAAAGGAACGAAACAAUGGCUAGUUACCUGAACAAGUCAGGAAAUAUUAGAGAUUCGAAAAAAAAAAAAAAAAUAAUUAAUAGUAUUAGGAAUAAUAGCAAGCUAUAUAUCCGUAAUAGUAAUAUUAAUAAUGACAAGAAUGACAAGAAUGACAAGAAUAAUAAUAAUAAAAUUUUACAACAUAAUAGUGGAAUUGAAAAAAUGAGCUCGAAUAUAGAAAAUAGCAAAUUAUGUUAUGAAUUUAAUAUAUAUAAUAUAGGAUUUGAUAAAAAGGUUUAUAAAAAUCGAUGUGAUGGUGUUUGUGUGUUAAAUGAUAAUAUAUAUAUUUUUGAUAAAAUAAAAAAGUGUAUUUAUUUAUACACACCAUAUAAUAAUGUCUGGUACAUAUUUUUAGAUAUAUAUGAAGAAAUAUCAAUAAAAAAAAAUAACAGUGAUAUUACAAAUAUGUAUGAUAUGAAAAAUAUAAAUGAAAAACAAUAUGUAUUACAUAAAUAUGUAAAUAAUAUUUCUUUUUUAAAUUAUACAGAUAUGGUUUAUUUAAAUGAUUAUUUAUUUAUUAUAAGUAGCAAUUCACAAUUUAUGAAUAUAUGCAAAGUUAACAUUAAUAAUAUGAACACUCUUUUCGGAGCAAUAGUUAUAGCUAGUUCUGAAAAAAAAAAAUCAAAUAAUUCAGAUAUUAAUAGUGAUGAAAAAAAGAAAAAAGAACAUAUUAUGAAAUUUGGCAAAAAUAAUAAUGAUGCUAGUUCACGAUCAUAUAACAAACAAUGUGUAAAAAAUAAGCAUGGAGAUUUAUUAAUUAAUAAAACUGAUAUAGAGGGAAGCUAUAACUCAGAAUUAAGCAUGUACAACUAUGACAUGGAAAAUUGUAAAACUGGUAAAAAUUGUAAAACUGGUAAAAAUUGUAAAAAUUGUAAAAAUUGUAAAAAUUAUAAAAAUGGUAAAAAUUGCAUAAGUGGUAUAAGUGGUAAAAAUGAGGGCAUGGAUAGCGGCAAAGAAAAGGGAGAAGGCGAAAUCUCAGAUGAAUAUAUAUAUGUAAGUGGGAUAUCUAAAUUUGAUGAAUUUUUUGAUGAUGAAAAAAAUGAAAAUUCAAAAAAACAAAUAAUAAAAGCACGAGACUAUUUUUCACUUUGUAGUGUUAAUGAAAAAUUAUGUUCAUUAAUUUAUUUAUUUGGUGGUAAAGGAAAUACAAUUAAAGAAAAAAAUGAAUAUAUUGAUAUUAUAUAUAAUGAUUUAUAUGUAUAUGAUUUUUAUAUGAACAAAUGGAUAGAAUUGCACGAAUGUACAAGUGACAAUGUGGAUGAUAAAUAUGAAAUAAACGAAGAAUAUUAUGAACAUGUUCAUGUGGAAAAUAGCAAUUUACAUGACCAUGUUAAUAAUUACGAAAACUUUACUAAUUCAAAUGAAGGGCAUAAAUUAUACGAUUUUAAUGUAGAGUGUUACGAAUCAUUUAUACCUAGCGAAAAAAAUGGUGGAAGUGGUGAAAAUGGUGGAGAUGGUGGGCGUGUGAAUAAAAAAGACAAACUUAGUGUGUGCGAAAAAAAUAGUAAUAAUAUGAACUCGCCAACUAUUACAACUAUAAAAGAAUAUUACUCUACUAAAAAUUUGGGGGGAAAUAAAAAUGAACAUUACAUCGAUGAACAGCUAUUUAGUGGACUAGAAAUAAGCAAUAAUGUUUCAAAAAAAAAAAAAAAAAAAAAUUCAAUUGAAGAGUAUAAUAAAAAUAACACUGAUCAAGAUGAUAAUAAUAAUGAUAAUAAUAAAGAUAAAGAUAAAGAUAAAGACAAUUUGUAUAAUCUCAUUUUUGAUUCGAUAAGUAUACUAAGUGAUGGAAAAAGUAAUAAUUGUUUAGGAAACAGUAGCAAUGUAGAUCUUGGCUCCGUUGGCAAUUCAAACGCAAGUGGCGAGGUGAAAAAUGGCGAAGUAAAGAAUGGCGAUGUGAAGAACGACCAAGUGAAAGUGAGCUGUAUUAGUUGCAGGAAAAAUGGAAAAUGCAAAUAUAUAUGUGAAAUUAUAAAAAAGAAUAUAAAAAUAAAAAAGGUGAAAUGGCUAGGUAGAAGAGCAGGUCAUACAUGUAAUUAUUAUAAAAAUAAUUUAUAUAUAUUUGGAGGAAUAAAUUAUUAUAGUUUUAAUAAAAAUAAAAUAAAUUUAAAUUUUUGUAAUAACUUAUUUUUAUAUAAUAUUGAAUCAAAUACAUGUUUUGAAAUUAUUGGUAAAGGAAAUAUACCAGAAAAAAGAUAUCGACAUAGUAGUAUUAUCAUAAAUGAUUAUAUGUUCAUAAUAGGAGGUGAAUGUAAAAAUUCAACACUACCAAAAAACGAUUUAUUUUUUUAUAAUUUUGAAAAUUCAGUGUGGUCUGAAAUUAUUAUUAAUUCUACAAUCGGAUCACAUGCAUUAUAUAAAUCUAUAUGGUUAGAAAAUUUUGGUUCUAUUUAUAUGUUUGGUGCAUCUAUUUUAAGAUUCACAAAAAAGGAUUUUCAAUAUACACCUUCAUAUAAAAAUAAUAGUAGCAAAGAAAAAAUUCUGAACAAAAAAAAAUGA